AUGCGUUCGCUGGUUGACUUGUCGGAGCAAGUGCCUUUAUUAUUGGCAACCACCAAACUGCGUCUUAGCAACCUCCACCUAGAUGAUUUGUACGACUUUUUCAAUGUGCAACUAUUCACCACCAUUGCGUUAGGCUUUGUCGCCUAUCGCAUUGGACUUGUGAUUUACCGCCUGUACUUCCAUCCUUUGGCUCAUUUCCCUGGUCCCAAACUGGCCGCCGCCACAACACUAUACCGGGCAUACUGGCAAGUCUGGCAAGAUGGAGAGCACGUCGCGCAAUUUACUAGACUUCAUGACCAGUAUGGUCCGGUCGUUCGUGUCACCCCCCAUACUGUCCAUUUCCGCAACCCUCAAGCUUUUGAGGAUAUCUUCAAGUUUAACAGCAAACUCACCAAGGCCGAAGAUUUCUAUGACCAUCUUGGUCAAGGCGAUGCCCUUUUCGGUCUAAUCGACGAAGCUGCUCAUAAGCAGCGAUUCAAGCCCGCUGCCGAUUUAUUCUCUCGCAAAAAGGCUAUGGAAUUUGAGUCAUUCAUCGUUAAAGAAUCUGAGCGCUUCAGUAAUUUGCUGAUGAGCAGAAUUGCCCGCGACCCACGACCUGUCAACAUUGCCCGUGCCUACAGAGCUGUUGCAUUGGACGUCAUUCAAGACUUUACUUUCGAUUUUGUACCACACCACCUGCGAGGCUUGCAAGAUGACAGUUUCCACUCGAUUUACACGCACACCACGUGGGAUGUUAUGGACUGGACAGCCUAUUGCUUCAGAAACUGGCCUCUGGCACUUACUUUCUCCAACCAACUUCCCCAAUGGCUCCGCAGGUACAUGUUCCCUGGUGAGGCCGCUAACAUUGAAUCUUUUGACACCAUUCAACAACUCGUAAAGGACAACAAAGCUGUAGGCCCAAAUUGGUCCCGAGACAGUCUGCUCAGCCGUAUGGCCGACAAGACCACCAUCGAACAAUUGACAUCCGAGUGCCAAGGAACCAUGUUUGGCGGUGUCAUCAACAUGGCCAAUAUGCUUCCUUAUGGCGCUUUCUGUGUUAGUCAAGAUCCCGCGCUGCAGGAAAGUUUGUUCCGCGAACUGGAAGCCAUUUGGCCAGACCCGAAUACCCCGGCCCCAUCAUUUGAUGAGCUAUCACAGCUUCCAAUCCUCAAGGGGGUCAUUCAGGAGAGCUUGCGCCUUAUGCAUGGUAUCAUCGUCGGCCCGCCCCGUCUGACCCCUGCUCAGGGGGCAGUUAUUGAUGGCUACCCCGUCCCUGGCAAUACGAUCGUCGGCACCUCAUCCCUUUACGUACACACGAACCCUGCAGUCUUCCCUGACCCUGAGAAGUUCAACCCGAGUCGCUGGAAUAACCCAACUCCCGAAAUGGAGAGAUCAGUGGUUCCGUUCUCCAAAGGAAAAAGAAUGUGCCCUGGAAAGCAGAUUUCUAUUAUGGAGCUUUUCAUCGUCCAGGCGUACACUUUCCGCAAGUUCCACCUCGUUCCAUAUAACACUACGUUCGAGGACUUCAAGUGGAAAGUCUACGUAUCAUUGCAUUUCAAAGGCCGCUUCUUCCGGGCUCACAUGACUCCUCGUCCGGGUGUGAAAAUGGGGGCUCUUUGA